GGAUGAAGCAUGUGAACGCGCGCUCGCGCAACGACUCCUCAACCGGCAGGACUGCCCCGCCAGCCAAAGCCAAUCUGGUCCUCCAGGAAUACCACAAACCCAACCCAACGGGCUGAAAGGAGCUGUGCUGUGCUAUGUCCGCGAGCGAGCGAGCUCCAAGUGCUCGCUCAGCCCAUGCGGGGUUAUGACUGACCGAUUGCCAUUCCGGUCUCUGCUUGUGACUGACCAAGCAGCUGGUCCCGUUUCGCUUCCUUUGGCGUGCUGUGGACGCGAACACCGCAGGAUUCCGCAGCCACCCAAGACCACGCACCCCGACCCGUGCAGCACGGUACGGUACUGUACCAACCCACAGGGGCGUGGAUGGCGGGACGAGCGCAAGCACACAUGGCAAGCCGGCCUAAGCAGGGAUGUGUGCUUCCGCCCAUAUCCUUUCAUCGCGGUGACCUGACCAAGCCGCGUAUGAUUGAAGUUAUAUGGGGAGCCUGAACGCGCUCUUUGACCGGUUCCUUUCUCGUUGCUCUUGACGCUCGACACUCAACGUCUCUCUGGAACGCUUUGUUCCUCUACUCACUUCCAACUGUUCUACUGUCUGCAUAUAUCUCCUGCCUGCUUGACGCUGCCCAGCAUGUACGACCGACCAACGAUGCAACGGCAAUCGGCCUACAGCUAUCCACAAUACCCAGCGGCGACUCCACAGAAGCAUUAUCCGACUGCACACAGCACUAGCAGCGCGUUCAGCGCUAGUGCAAACCCGAACGAAGACUGGACGAAGAUAUCCGACCUCGCGGAACGGAGAAGGAUCCAAAACCGAAUCGCGCAACGGAACUACCGCAAGAAGCUGAAGAAGCGCCUGGAAGACCUCGAACGAAGAGCCGGCUCGAGCUCAGCGUCACCCGAACAGGGGCACGAAGAGCUUCCUCAAGUCGAUAUGAUUCCUUCCACUCACUCGCCCUCUCGGUCACCGCAACCCUACCGACAACGGGCCAGCAGCGCCGUCCACCGCAAACACACUCCCGAGGUCUUGGCUCAACGAUACAUGCUCCCAUCCGACGAUCGAGGAAUGUUCUCGCAACAAUUCACACGCCAACUAUCGACCUCACCUCCUCCCUUCUCCUCCUACGCUCCCAUUGCAAGCACCGAGCACUCGACCUACUCGACCUACCAAUCAUACUGCGCACAACCACCCAACGGGGUGGAGACCAAUCCAUGGCCAGUCUACGCACAGCCCACCCACGCAUCCCACGGUCUGAUCUCUCCACCGAUCAAGCAAGAGAUCUACGGCGACGAUGAAUACAACAAUCCUUUCAGCAUGAGCUACGCAUCGAUGGCCAACGAGAACCAAUAUGCCGCCUUUACCCCUCCACUAUCCGACACUUCCGAUCAGCAGUAUCAGAAGCUGUCUCCGAAGUGUUGGCCGAGGAUGCCGAUAGCGUUGCCCAGCCCGCCUGCGGAUUGGAGGUGAAGAACGAAUCGAUUCGAUGAUUGCAAGGACAGAGACGACAGAUCCUCGUUGGAUCAACGACACUGUUGUAUACCUUCAAUGCUUUACGGCCUUUGGGUGAUUUGACACUGAUGUACUAUGAUCGGCACGGAGUUACGGGACUGAACGGACGGAUGUGAUAGACGGCAUGGGAAUUUCGGGAUUGGAUGUACCUUCGCUAUCGCGAACGGCCAAAAGUCAAUCGAGAACACUUUCGCUAGUCACAACUGGAGGUGCAGCGUUCAGUGCGGAUCAACACGGAGGAGGAGCAAGGCAAGGAUGCAGAUUGGCGGUCGGGAUCAAGGCACAAUCGCUACGUUGGAAAAUAGCAACACUAGCAACUACGCAAUGAAGAACUCUGCAUUUUACUGACCAA